AUUUCCCACUGCAGCCACAGUUCCCUAGCACAGCUUAGAGCAGGAAGUACAGGAAAGCCCCAUAAGCACCCCAAGAAGGAACCAGGGGAAAAUGCCAGCAAGUAGCUCUCCCCGGUGCCACAGGUAGUGAAGGAGACAAGCACCAGGAUGCCUUCAUCUCUCCAAGAGAAACUUCAAUGAAGACCUGCUUCCAUAUUAUCCUGCUCCCUGACUGGGGACCAUGAUGCAUUCCCUGCCCACAACAUUCUUUUCCAUCGUGUUGCUCCAGGUGCCCAUGUGGGGCUCAGAUUCCUUUGAAGUGAGUGGUCCCUCAGAGCCCAUUGUGGCUAUGCUAGGCACAGAAGCUCUGCUGCCCUGUUAUGUGACCACAACCGUGGAUAUGAAGAACAUGGAACUGCGAUGGUUCCGCACCCAAUACUCAGAGGUUGUGUAUGUGUAUCAGGAUGGGAUGGAGCAGGCGCAAGAACAGCUAGUGGAUUACAAAGGACGAGUAGAGCUGCUGCAGGAUCACAACCCAGAGGGGAGAGUGGCUGUGAGAAUCCGCAGGCUCCGGGUCUCAGACAAUGGGAUGUACAAGUGUUUCUUUAAACAGGAUGACAACUUUGGUAAAGCCACUUUGGAGCUCAAGGUCAUAAGUCUUGGUUCUGGUCCUCGCAUCGUCAUUGUGGGUCCAGAAGAUGAAGGCACAAGGCUGUCGUGCACUGGCAAGGGGUGGUUUCCUCAGCCUGAAGUACAAUGGAAGGAUAAAAGUGGAGAGAAGAUUGCAUCUGAGUUUGAGUAUAAGCUCCAGGAUGAUGACGGAUUGUUCCAGAUAGAGGCAUUCUUUAUCAUGAGAGACAGAACAAAGGGAAAAGUGUCCUGCUCCAUGAAGAACUCUUUCCUUCUGCAGGAGCAGGUGGCCACAGUUUCUGUCCCAGAGCCCUUCGUCCCUAGGACCUCCCCUUGGAUGGCAACAUUUGGUCUGACUUUCCUCAAUGCUGUGAUUUUACUGAGUGCUGCUGCUGUGCUUUUUGCUUGGUACACAAAGCAAGACAAGAAAAUGAGGGAGGCCAAGGAUGAAAAAGAGACAGAAAGUAUUAAUAAAGGUGCACGGUGAAGCAUAAGUGAUGGUGGUAUGUAUUUGUUGAUUUGUUAGAUUCAUCAAUAUAUGUUUGGCAUCUGCUGGCACAUAUGGUUAUAAACAAAGCAGCAUUAUGAAACCAUAUUCUGCUGCAUUUCUCCUUCCUUCGACUCUUCUGCAGUGACCAGUGGGGCGUAUCCCACACCUGGGGAAUGGAGACCUGGGAACCUAAGCCUGGCAUGUCUGGCCUGUUCAGUGGUUAGGC